CCCAACUCAUUAGCAUAAAAAUCCUAAUAAAAAAAAUGGAAAAAGAAAAAUGACAGAGAAAAACGGAAUAUACCGGAAAGAAACGUAAAAGCGGCGAACCCAAAACAGAAAACAGAUUUUGGAUGAACAGUGAACUCCUGAAAGAGAAUUGAGAUCUUUGCUGUCGACUCACCCAAAAUUUAAAACCAACUGGGUUUUACCAUUGUUACUUGUUGUGAAUCUUUUGCUGGAACUGACUUGAACCUGAUCUGAAAUCCAUAUGAUUUCUUUCAAUAUCAUAAUAACUUUUAUUAUGAAUUGUCUUAAUGCCGGAUUCACGAAUGGUUUUGGUAAUGAGCAUCCGUUUUUAGUCUAAUUUAAUGGUGCCAUUGAAAAAAUUUCCCCUUCGAUCGUAAUAAAUUGAAAGAAAGUACCUGUCGUUGAAAGAUUGGUUAGGCAUGAAAGCAUGUGCUGGAUGGCGUCGUUUCCUCUUCUUCCUGCCGCUUAUUUUCAUCCUUCCUCAUUUGUUCUCUGUUCUGGAAUUGCUCCAGAACCAGACAGUAGGAGAUGCCCUCGAGAAAAAUACCGCGAAAUUUGAUGAUCAGAAUUUAGCAUUAGGAGAUGUCCCCAAGAAAAAUGGCAAGAAAUUUGAUCAUCUGUUUCUUGGACCUGCUGCUGGAGAAGGCUUACCCAACCGUUUGCAGUGCCAAGGAGUUAAAGCUCUCAACAAGACCUAUUUUUCAAACCCUUCUCAUGCCUCUAGCAUUGCAGAUGGCAUUGCCUUUGUGACUGUUUUUACCAUUUAUAACAAGUCACCUGACACUCUUGUGAAUAGUAGAUCAUCAAACUUGGUUACUGUUGGGAAUGCUUCAUAUAGUAAGUCGGAGAGAUCAAUGGCCAUUUUGAACAUCUUCAUUAACUUCAUUCAGGUGAGAAUGCCUCAAAGCAAUGUUAUCAUUCUGACUGAUCCAGAAUCAGAUCUCUCUGUGCACCGAAACAGAGUUACUGUACAUCCCAUUCAGGGUGAAUACUCUCGAGACAAGUUGAUGCUUCAAAGAAUCAGGUCUUACAUUACCUUUCUCGAAGCCAGGCUUGAGAAGCUAUCUCAGGAUCAAGGGCGUAUAACUCAUUUCAUAUUUACGGACUCAGAUAUUGCUGUAAUUGAUGACCUAGGACAGAUGUUUGACAAGUACCAAAAUUUCCAUUUGGCUCUUACCUUCAGGAACAACAAAGAUCAGCCUCUGAAUUCUGGAUUUAUUGCUGUGCGGGGUACACAUGAUGGUAUUUUAAGGGCAAAACGUUUUUUACAAAAAGUAUUAGAAGUCUAUAGUUCCAGAUACAUGAAAGCUUCCCGAAUGCUUGGUGAUCAGUUAGCUCUUGCCUGGGUCGUAAAGUCCCAUCCCUCUUUUGAUGCAAAAAGAUUUAGUAAAGCGCAGGCUUUUACUGAAGACAUUGAUGAUGCAUCAGUGCUAUUUUUACCAUGUGCUAUGUAUAAUUGGACACCACCAGAGGGUGCUGGCCAGUUUCAUGGCAUGCCUCUAGAUGUUAAGGUUGUUCAUUUUAAAGGGUCAAGGAAACGCCUAAUGCUUGAGGCUUGGAACUUAUUCAGUUCUUCAGCUGAUAUUUCAGAUAUGUUGUGCCUCAUCUUGAAGAGUGGGAGAACAAAGUAUGACUUUUGAGUAAUUUCAUUUGGUUCUGCAUAGCUACUGCAUCUUAUGACACAUUGAAAAAACUUCUAAAUUCACCUGAAGGAAGUGGGUGGAAAACUUCUUUCUGUGGCAUACAAGAUUAUCCACUUAAAUGGCACCCGAAAUUGUUAAUCAGUGGGGUAUCAUUCCCCAGUUUUUGGUCGAAUCUGAUAUUCCUGAAUGCAUUUCAAAAAGAGCUAGCAGAGAAACUCGAGAUCUAUACAGAAGACUAUAUUGACAGGUUUCAAUUCCUUUGAUGUAACAUUCGUUUACAACCUCUUCCUUAAGUUUCCUUUUCUUGGGGUUGAAACCUGGAAACGUAGGCUGGAAUUUGGGACUGACUUUGUAAACUUUGCAAACUGUCCCACUUCAUUUGAGUAAAUAAAUAUAGUACAACUUGUAGUUUUGGUUCAAUAAGAUAUCCAAGUGCAAUUUU